AUGGGUAUCCAGGGUCUGCUACCGUUGCUCAAGGACGUUCAGAAUUCGGUUCAUGUCUCGAGCUAUGCCGGCAAGACUUUGGGCAUCGAUGCCUACGUCUGGCUCCAUCGUGGUGCAUAUGGCUGCGCACGAGAGAUUGUUCUGGGCGAUCCAACUCCGCGCUACAUUGCUCACGCGGUGAGUCGCAUUCGUAUGCUGCAGCAUUUCGGUGUGAAACCGUACCUCGUGUUUGAUGGCGACAAGCUUCCUGCCAAAAAGGGCACCGAGGAUGAGCGAGAACAGCGUCGAAGCGACAACUUGCGACGCGCAAAGGAGCUCGAGCAGGAGAAAAAGCUGCAGCAAGCAAGGGAUGUGUACGCGAAAUGCGUUGACAUCACGCCCGAAAUGGCCUUCCAGCUGAUCAAGGUGCUGAAGGAGGACAACAUCCCAUACGUCGUAGCACCGUAUGAGGCAGAUGCACAACUGGCGUAUUUGGAAGCCGAAGGAAUCAUAGAUGGUGUCGUUACUGAGGACUCGGAUCUGCUCGUGUUUGGCUGCAAGACAGUGCUCUUCAAACUCGACCAGGCAGGCAAUGCGGUAGAAAUGCUGCAACACCGAUUCUGGACCAACCGACAGGUCGCGCUUUCCGGUUGGACUGCCGUUGAGUUUCGUCAGAUGGCCAUCCUUUCCGGCUGCGACUAUCUGCCAAGCAUUGUCGGCAUGGGGCUCAAAAACGCGCACAGGCUGCUCAGGAGGUACAAGACGGUCGAUAAAGUUUUGCAAGCUGUGCGUCUGGAAGGUAAGAUGCGUAUUCCGCCCACCUACUCGCGCGAGUUCCGCAAAGCUGAGCUCACCUUUGUGCACCAGAGGGUGUUUGAUCCGCGCUCGCAGAAGCUCGUCACACUCACACCGCUGCCAGAUGGUACGCAUGAUGACAUGCUGCCGUUCAUUGGGGCUCCCAUGGAAGAUCAUAUGGCCAAAGGCGUGGCCGAGGGGAUUAUUGAUCCGAUUGCUAAGACUCCAAUUGUGGAUCGGCUGCCAAAGCCGCUCAGCACACGCAGCAGUUCGGCCAGCAAUAUCGCGUCGACAAGCGCAUUAGCAUCAGCAGCAGCAGCAGCAGCAGCAGCCGCUGGUGUACGUUCUUUGGAUCGCAGCACAACGGCUCCGUCCACGAUCAAUUUAGCCGGCAGCGCCAAUGGAGGUAGCAGUUUUUAUCGACCCUCUGUGGGUGGAGCGUCGUCCUUGGCAAAGAAGAAGGUGGUCAGCAAGGAAUCGGGCUUGCAGAGUCUCCAUGGGUUUUUUGGCGGAUCGAGUCGGACCAGCAACAAGAUCGAAUCCAGUCAAAGCAAAACUGCGGCGGGCAGCAGCACACAGAAGCAAGAACGAGUGCCGCUGGCUCCUCGUGAUACGAACAGGCGCACAGGCGCAGACGAGAUAGCCAACGGAGUGGAACUCGCGCGCAAGCAACAAGUGGAUGCAAGACCAACGCAGAGCAAGUUUUUCACCGCUCGUCGAUCUUCGCAAGACGCCAAACUGGACCAUGCUUACCUGCACCUGGGUGGGCAGUUGACACCGCCAAAGCCACAUCAGGAUCCCAACGACUCUGGUUACUGGGACGAAGAGUGCGACGACAUGCGCGAUUUCGUCAAUUCGAGCAGUCCUCCUCGCGCGCCCUCGGUAGUUCCAGAAUCGCAGCCGCUAGUAGUGGAUACACAAGAGGUUUGGCAGACAACACAGCUGCCGGAGAGCACGGUGGAAAGCGUUGUGGCUACACAGUUGGUGCAUAGUACAAAAUCCUCUCGUAGCUCAUCAGCAGUGGUGGUGGUGCCGCAGACUCCGUCAAAGGGUAGGAGAAGGAUGGCUCGGGCAUCAACAGAGAGCGAAGCGGGGUUGUCUUCGCCUGAAAGCGCGAUGGGUAGUGGCUUUAUUUCUUCGCCAGCGUCGUCGACGGCACAUGCAGGCGGGGACGGCGCAAGUGCCGAACGAGCGAAUGACCUGGAUGAGCUCGACGAGGAAGCGUUUGCGAGCUCGGCUGUGUUGGCAAGUCGUGCGGCGGGUUUGGAGCGGAAACGCAGAGCGAGUCAAGAUGGGGACGAUGAGAUGGAAGCAGAGCCCAUGACACCAAUGGCCGCCACGCGCAAAGCUCUGCUACACACCAGCGCAAGCAUGUCAAAGCUGGAAGCGUUCCGUUAUACCACGCAUACGCCGCGAAAGGAGCAGCCAGAGUUGCAGCGAGGUACGUUGCCACGAAGGUCGAUGUACACAUCUUGCACUACCAGUGUCAACGCCACGUCGCCGUCGAUUCUCAAGUUGACCGCCGCCACUCGCACACCAGUAGCAUCUGCAGGAAGCCGACCGAACAAAUUCCUCAAGCCAAGUCCCACGCUGCUGCUAGACGGUGUGGAUGAAAGUGGUACUCAUCUGACUUUGGACACAAGUUGUGUCGGCGUUGGUAGCUCAGGCAGUGGCGGCGGUCUCUUUGACAGGUUUCGAUAUUCAGAUCGGUAG